AAACCAAACCAAACCCACAGAUAUAUCUAUCUCUUCCGUACUUCACUCUCUCUACUAUAUAUCUCUCUGCAACACAUUUCACAUUUCACAUUUUCAUUUCUCUUCUAUUCGCCUCUUACCUCAAUGGUACCAGGUCCACUGCUACUCCAAACAACAACAUCAUCACCAACGCAGAGUCCACACGAUGGAGGGCCAAGAUCUCUCCCCAUCCCACGUCGACACAUCUCGACCGUCCCUCGGCUUCCCCUUAGGCACUGCCCUCCUCUUGAUCAUAAUCUUCAGCCUCAGCGGCAUCUUCUCCUGCUGCUACCACUGGGACAAGUUACGCUCUUUUCGCCAAUCUCACUCUCAUCCACACGCUACACCCUCCCUCACCCAAUCCCAACCCUCCAUGGUGAAGCAAGACAAAGGUCAGAGCUUGCCAGUGUUGAUGCCUGGGGAUGAACUGCCCAAGUUCAUAGCCAUGCCUUGCCCGCGUCAACCUUCGCGCCCGGAUACCAUCGUUGUCACCGUCGAAAACCCGCCGCUCAAACCGCCGCAGCCGGUGGCGCCUUUCUGUUAGUUAUUUACCAACAAAGCCGUGCUGUGUGUAAAUAUGUUUAUAUAUAUAUGUUGCCACCAUUUGUUCUAUAUACCACCCGGUGAAGAUGCAGCAUAAAAACAAAAAAACAAAAAACAACGUGGGUACCAGGUCAAUUCCCAGAUCGUGACCGCUUCAUUUGAUUCCGUAUUUCCGUUGCUCUUGUAUGUGGUGAUUAGUAAAUUUAAGUGACUCAAUUGAUUUAGCCGGUUUUGUUAAUUGAAAAAUGCAAACUUUUUCCAAUUUCAGCUUUGAAAAGAUAAAUAUUAGUUUAGGGUUUGAGAAAACAAGAAAUCAUUCAACUUUUUCUUUUUAUC